UCGACGCCCUGCGGAGGCUCGGGGUCACCGGGCGGCCGCUGGGAUUCGUCCAGGCGUUCCUCGGCGGCCGCACGGUGACCGUCAAGGUGGGCAAGGACAAGAGCUCACCGCGGCACCUCACGCGCGGAGUCCCGCAGGGCAGCGUGAUCAGCCCACUCCUCUUCUCGGCCGGGAUGUCAUCUGUCCCGGCGGCAGCCCGUACGGGGGGCACGGCGCGAUACCCCGUCAACGUCGCUGUCUACGCGGACGACGUCGCGUUGUGGGUGACCGGACAGGGCGGCCGAGAAAGAUGGAGGGCUGUGGCCGAGCUUCAAAGGGCGCUGGACAACGUCAUCUAUCAUCUCAGGCAGCUCGGACUCACUGUGUCGGGCGGAAAAACUCGGGCGCUCAUCUACGCCCCGCGUCCGGCCUCAUUCCGACCGACACUGCUCAUCGAGGGGCAACCGAUCAUCCACGAGCAGACGGUCACAUACCUGGGCCUUGUCCUGGACAGGAGGCUGACGUGGGGGGCGGCGGUGGCGAGCGUAGUCCAAAGAAUGCGGCGCCGCAUGAACACCCUGCGGUCGCUCGCCGGCAGCACUUGGGGGGCAUCCCAGAACAUGAUGCUCCAACUACAUCAGGGACUGGUGCUGUCGGUGGCGCUCUACGCGCUGCCGCUGCUCAGCCUCAACACCUCACAGGCAGCAAACCUCGAGACAGUCCACCGGAUCGCACUUAGGAUCUGCCUCGGCAUAUCCAGGUCGGCGGCGUCCAUCCCGACGUACACGGAAGCUGGAGCCAACACCGUCAGCAACCAUCUCCAAAAGCGCGCACUUGGGCACCUCAUCCGCAUUUCCACCUGCGAGUCCGCGGCACCGCUGCUGGCACGCAUCGCGGAGAGGCCCGAGUCGCGCUUGGGGCAGCUUCUGUGCGUUUUGGGGAACGUCGCAGGCCCUGCACCGGCGAUCACUCCCCUCCCACCAUUGCACUCCGACCCCCAUCCACUGACUGUCCACCUCCGAGUCGACGGGAUGGGCCCUCGACGGAGGACGGCCGACGUCGUGGCCAAACAGCUGACGGAGGACCACAUCGAGCGGCACCACCCCGGCUGGGCAAGGGUGUACACCGACGGCUCCGUGCGGCCCAGCGACGGCUCGUCGACGGCGGCUGUCUUUGUGGAGAGGGCAGACCUGGGCGUGGGCGAACGGUUCGCCUUCCACGCCACCAGCACCACCACGGAGCUGGCGGCGAUCCUUCUGGCGCUGCGCCUGAUCCACUACAAGAGCCGACGCCCGGACAGCUGGCUGCUGCUCUCCGACUCCCAGGCGGCCCUGUCUCAGCUGUACGGGCUCGAGGGGGCAUGCCCCCUCGCUCGGGAGAUCGCUGGUGAGGCUCUGCUUCUCGGCGGCCUCGGCCACCGCUUGGCGUUCCAGUGGGUCCCGAGCCACUGCGGGAUUCCUGGCAACGAGCGCGCGGACGCCCUGGCGGACCGGGUCCAUGACGCCGCCGAGUUCCGGACGUCGGACGUGGGCCCCUUCGCCGACGCCAAGCUUCUUAUCGCACGGGAGGCCGCCGCAAACCACCCGGACGAGCGGUACGCGGCCGGGGACCGACCGGCGAAGCCCCCUCGGGGCACGGGCCGUCCAGCCGCCGCAGUCGUCCACAGGAUCCGGACGGGGUGCGCCCUGACGCCGGCACGGAUGCAUCUCCUGCGCAACGAGGCCGACCCGGAAUGCCCGACCUGCGGAGAAUGGUCGGAUCUCGACCACCUCCUCCUGACCUGCCCGGCACACGCUGACGCCCGGGCGGCCUUGACAACAUCCCUCGCCGCACUGGGGCUGCCCUGCAACACCACAGAACAAAUACUGAGACCCAGGGGCGACCGGCGCGGCAAAGACCGCGCGCUCAGGGCCCUACUGACCUUUCUGGAAGAAACCGGGCUCCUGUGGUCCCUCUGAACUUCCUCCGGGCGCCCGCCGACUGCGGAGCGGGGCCCUGACGGCUGUGCUCAGUCGUGCCCUGGACGCUCGCUUUGGCGCGCACCUGCCGCGUGCUCGACGAACGCGCCCGGACUCCGGUGCGGGUGGACUAGAGUGGGACCUCCCACCACACGACGUGGUCGCCCCGGACGAUUGCUUGAUCGCCGGACACCGCGCCGUGCCAGCCUCCAGCGCUGGACCCCCAACUCCCCCCGCCCCCCCAUCCCCGGCCACCCGGUAUUCGAUGCAACUAAAUUAA